CUCGUUUUUUUUUUCUUUUUCUUUUAUUUUUUUUUUUAAUACAAACAAUAUCAUGUCUAGUGAACAAAAUAAUAAUAUGGGACCUGUUCUCCCUGCUGAUGAUGAUGCUAAGGCUGUUUUUCAUCAAGUCAAAGAACAAGUUGUAGCUCAACUUCACAAGCUUCGUCAUGAAGAUCAAGUUCAUCAUCUUCAUGAAAUUGAUAAUUUGGAAAAAAUCACUAUCUACAAGCUCUAUCAAUAUGCAGUAGAAGAAGUCUCAUACGGAUGGAAUUAUUUUGGAAAGAUUGAAGUGGAUGAUGAUAAAUUUAUUCAUGCUAGAGCUCAUAAGUAUCAUGAUGGACGAGUAGAUUUUUAUUCUUUACAUACUGAACCUGAAAAUGCUAUCUGGACUCGUGAUGAACCUCUCAAAUAUUUUAUUGAUUAAUUUAUUAUAUAUAUACACCAAUAAAGAAAAUCUUUUUUUUUUUUUU